GGCUGCCACCCAUUGCCAUCUGGAGGUGCACAAGUGUUCAGCGUGUGCUCCUUGUUCUGGCUGCAGUAAUGCUGAGGGCUGUAGUUGAGCAGGGGUGCUGUGAGGGCAGCUGUGGUAGAGAUUGCUCCAGGAUCAGUCAGUGAAACACACGGGGCUGACAAGGGCAGGAAUUGCUGCACUGAGGAGCUGGAAUAGCUUUGUUCCUGUGAGCUGGACUGCACACAGGCACAGCCUUUGUUGAGCGUCACUGAGAGCUUCCAGCCUGUUGGAGAUCCACUGUCUGAGCUGAUUUCAGUGAUGGUCAGCCCCCCUGUCCCCGAGACAUAAAAUGGAAGUCUGUUGUAGGAGUAAUUAUGCUGAGUAAUUAUACUGAGAUUGUUCCUGCAAAGCACUUGUGUGUAGUAGCUUGUUGAUCUGUGGAUGUGUAAACAUAUGUAUGAGCAGUGCUACCUGUAUAGGUGUCAGUAUGUGGGUGUAUCUGUGUGUAAUAGAUGGGUGCACACACGGGGACGUGAUCAGGUUAGUAAUGUGCUGCGUGCACUGGAAGUAAAGGCAUUCAAGGAGCAGUGAAGAGUAGGGCCUAAUGCUGCACCUCCUUGUGUGGCAGCUGGGUUGGGCAUUGUGAACUUGGGUGCAGCAAAGCAGAGACAGUGUCUGCGUGUAGACUGAAAUGUGUGGCAUCUGCAAUGUGCUGAGAGUCGGGAUUUCUUUUCCUUUUGGACUUCCUGUGUUGGGCAGGGGAUUUCCCCUAGAAAAGGGAGAGGGUGAGGAGAGAGGGACUGCUUCUGCAGAGAGCAGCGUGGACCAGGCUUGUUUACCAGAGGGCUGACUGUGCCUGUGUUGGACGUUGGUUGCUGUGGGGGGAAGGUGAGGUGUUUGGUGUUCUCAGGCACACGAGCGUGCCCGGUGAUCAGACUGGAGCCUGUGUGCAGCAGAGGCUUUGGGAGCAGGGCUGCUUCUGAGUUGUGUGAGAGCUUCAUCCGGCUUUUGUCCACAACGGUGCUGUGGAGGUGUCUGUGUGGAGAGUGGCUCUGCAGAGAGUGUCUGUGAGAAGAAGGGUUUCCCAGGAGCGCAGAGCCUGCUCAGCAGCACUUGUGCCUGGAGCUCUUGCUGGUGUUUUGUGAUCGUAUCUGACUGGCCCUGGGGAAGCCCUGAGCAUGCACAGGCAGGUGCGCUGAGGGGGGUGGCAGGGCUUUAGGGCUUCUGGCACCCACUUUGAGAACACCUUCUGCACCACCGAGGGCAGGAGCUCUUGCUGUCAGGUUCGUUCUCCUGAAGCAUUUCACCAGCAUUCUGCCAGCCUGUGACACUGGGAAAGGUGCAGUUGGAGAUGAACCUGUGGAGCUGUCAUGCCUUUACCAGUGUUGCAGUGGUGGGCACAUGUUUCUGUGGACAAGGCAGUCUCCUGGUGGUGAGAUGGGGUGGUGUUGGCACUUGCUCUAUGGCAGUCCUGCUGCAUGCAGUCCCUGGCUUGCAUGGAGUAGAUUUCACUUCUGUUGGGUUUCUCUCUGAAGAGGAAGGUCUGUGGAGUCAAGGCAUCAUACGCCUGUGGGGGAUAUAGGUGAAGAUGCAGGAGCCUGAACUUAUUGCAAAAACACUGCGAGCUGUUCUUCAUCCCUUCAAAAAUGGCAUACCUCUGUCAGAGCUUCAGGGGGAAUACAAAUCCCUGACUGGCGAGUGGAUUCCCUUCAAGCACCUAGGAUAUGGCACACUGGAAGGCUACUUGCGGAGCAUCCCAGGAGUGGUCAGAAUGGAAGGGAAAAAGAUGGGAGAGGUCAUUUGCCAUGCUGUUACUUGCAGCGAGACUGCGACAAUUGCUCAACUAGUGGCCCGACAGAGGAGUUCUAAAAGGAAAACGGGACGGCAAGUGAACUGCCAGAUGAGACUAAAGAACACAUCUCCUAUUGUGUUAGCAGGAAAGCCCAAAGGAACCCUGCGACAGCCCAGGUCCUUGAACAUGCCAGAAGAAGGCAACAGGAGGCCUGUUCCUCGCCCACCACGAGGCAGAGGAGUGGCGUGUGGAGUGGUAAAACCCACUAUGGAGAGUGCCCAGUCUAUCUUGCCUCCAGCCACUGGGAGUGGAACAUCUAAAGACAUUCCCAUGCAGAGGCAUGUCACUGUUGUCAACAGGCCUGAGAAGAGAUUAACUACCCCACCACGGUUUCAAAAGGAGUUGCAAGUUCACCUGUCCCGAAGCUCUUCCACAGAUUCAAAUGAUAACUUGAAUGCAUCUGUUGCAGAGACAUAUACUUUUGCCUCUGGCUCUUCUGCUAGUCAUGUCAGUGAAGUUCAAAGUCGCAUAAAAGAGAUUCUGAACAAGUGCAGUAGUGGUGUCUGGGUGUCAAAGAUACCUCAGAUCUACCAGGAAAUGUACUGGGAGGAGCUUAGCACAGCAGUGCUCCGUCAGCUUGAGAACUGGCCUGAUGUGUGCACAGUGGAGAAGAUAUGCAGAGGUGAUCAGAUGGAUGGGCUCCUUUAUCCUGCUAAGAAAAUACCACCAGUUGCAAAAAAUGAUACAGGGCAGGAAAAGACAUCUCACAAUGUUACCUCUUCAAAAACAGGCCCUUUGUUAAAACCAAAUACAGAAACUAUAUCACAUGAUAGUGACUUCAAGCAGAAAGUUUUUGACAUCUUGAUAAAGUAUUCCAGUGGCCUUUGGGCUAAUGCACUUCCCAAAUUGUACCAAGACACUUACCAAGUAAAAUUUCCAGAAGACAUUCUGAGUAAUCUAGAAUUGCUCUCAGAUGUCUGUAUUGUGGACUAUGUGUCUGAAGUCCCCAGGAAGGCUAUCCUCUAUGCUAAACCCCAAAGAUGCAUUGAUGAAAAUCUGAAUGUCACCGGGAAAAUCCAGAAGCAUGAUGGUGUGAAGGCCGCAGCUGAAAAACAGUGUGAAGAGUCCAAGGACCAGCAUACAGAGAACAUAACAAUUCCUCCUCUAAUCAUUCCAACAGAAGGAUCUGUGUCCGUCAUGGUGUUAGAAUUGAAAAACACCAAUGAGGUCCUAAUUAGGUAUGUGGGCAAAGAUUAUUCUUCGGCCCAGGAACAAAUGGAAGAUGACAUGAAAGCAUACUAUAGUCAGAACAGUACAGUGUCACUAGCUCAAUCUCUGAGCGUUGGGCUACUUGUUGCAGUACAUGCUGAAGAAGAUGCCUGGUUGCGUGCUCGGAUAAUUUCUCUAGAAGACAAGAGAAUAAAGGUAUACUAUGUUGAUCAUGGCUUCAGUGAGUUUGUUGAAAGCAACAGUGUGUACAAACUACAGAAGCAGUUCAAUUCACUUCCAUUUCAAGCUGCAAAAUGUAAACUGGCAGGACUGGAAGUCUUCUGUGAUGAUCCUGUCCUAGUGAAAAUUGUGGAAUCACAGACAUGCUCCAAGAUAUUUGCUGUGGAAAUACUGGAAAAGAGUGAUAUUCCUCUUCUUGUUCUCUAUGACACUUCUGGAGAGGACGACAUCAACAUCAAUGCUACUUGUCUGAAGGCACUGUAUGACAAGUCCCUUGAACUGCACCUACAGGUAGAUGCACUAUAUACAAAUGUCAGAGUAACCAGUGUUUGCUCUGAUGGAAGCCUGUAUUGCCAAGUGCCAUCUAAGGGCUUGUCCAGACUUUCUGAAAUCUUGCAGAAACUAGAAGACUACUUCCAUUACAAGCAGACAUCUGAGUUUAAUGUAUUGCUACCGUUCUGUGGAAAAAUCUGCUUAUUUCCUUCCAAAGGAAAAUGGGCACGUGUAGAGAUAAGAAUUGUUCACACUAGACGUGCACUUGAUGUGCAGUUCAUGGAUGCUGGAACCAUUGCAACUGUAAAACUAUCAGAGCUUAGAGAAAUCCCACCACAAUUCCUGAGAGAAGUAAUUGCAAUACCUCCUCAGGCUAUAAAAUGCUGCUUAGCAGAUCUGCCUCCUAACACUGGCAUGUGGACUCCAGAUGCUGUACUGUGGCUGAGAGACACUGUAAUGAAUUGUCCUGAAUUCAACAUGAAGGUGGUUAAACAAGAUAUUUCAAAAGGAAUUGCACACGUUUACUUGUUUGCUCCAGAGAACUUCCUAGACAUGGAUCAUAGCAUCAAUCAACAGAUCAAAAAUGCAGACUUGUGGAAGCAUCAGAAAGAUGUUUUCUUAAGUGUUACACCCAGUGGGGCUAGCUCCCCAAAAGUGACAAGCAAUGCUGUUUCCACUCUACAGUUAAGUAGUGGAAGACUAGAUAAGAGUUUCUCUGAUUCAGGCAGAGAACCCAGCAGUGCAGUGUCUACCAUAGCUAUGCCUCCACCUCUACCCUUGUCAAAGACUGGUGAGCUCAUGGAUGUCUACGUCUCAUUGGCCUGCCAUCCAGGUCACUUUAUUGUCCAGCCCUGGAAAGAGAUACAUAAUCUGGAAACCUUAAUGGAAGAAAUGAUCUUGUACUACAGCAGGGCAGAAGAGAAACCUGUGAAUGUUGAAAAAAACAAGCUGUAUGCAGCUAAAAUUGAAAAUCAGUGGUAUAGGGUCAUUAUAAAAGGAAUUCUUAGAAACGGGUUUUUGUCAGUGUAUGAGCUGGACUAUGGUAAACAUGAGUUUGUCAGCACAGAGAAAGUACAGCCACUCAUGGAUACGUUUAGAAAACUACCUUUCCAAGCUAUAACAGCUCAGCUUGCAGGAGUGAAAAGCCAGCAGUGGUCAGAAGAGGCAUCAAUAGUGUUUCGGAAUCUUGUAGAGAAGAAACCUUUGGUGGCACAGAUACAGACAAUUUAUGAAAGCCCUAACUCUUGGGAUCGAAAAAUAGUGACUUUUCUCGUGGACACAUCUCUUCCAGAUACAGAUAUAUGGAUUCAUGAUUUUGUCUCUCAAAGUCUUGAGGAAUUUUCAAAGAAUGAUUAAUCACUAUUUCUGAAAUGUAGCAGCUCAGAUUCUUUAGUAAUAAAAUAAAUAACAGGCUUUGAAGAGAAAUAUAACUACUACCUGGCCUUGAAGGUGUGAAGGGGAUAAAACUGAAAAAUCUGUGUUCUGUGAGAAGAGUUUGUUUAACAAGUUUUAGCUCUGUUGACUUCAAAUUACUUUCUAAAGAUUUGCACUUUCUUUACCAUUAUAAUGCUAGAA